UUCUGCGAGAUGCUCAUGGAUGAGGUAUAUAUAAUAAGAUGUCAUGGAUUGCAUAGCUAUCUUGCUAUUCCCGAUUUCUGUUACUUUUUGAAUUAAAAUUCCAAUCGUUGUUCUAGUAUUUCAAGAAGUAUUGUUCCUGUACGUGUCGUGCAAAUUCAACUACAAGCUGAUUACAGGUAGAAAAUUUUCUGAAGUGGGCGCACAUAAACAAACAAAAAAUAAUGAUGCCAAAUACCUUGGACAAACAUGGUAGUGGCGUUGCUAUUUCUGAAAUUGGGAUGAAAGGGAUGCUGGAUGAGCUCAUGAAGAAGUUUAUCUCACCCCUUUCCACAGUUCUUUUUCCUGGAGUUGGUGGCGGGUCUUUGGACUCACAACAUUCUUUUGUUGUUUCAUAUAGUGGAGAUGACAGUGGCCUAGGGAUGCAUAUGGAGGAAGGCCAUGUUGUACUAAAUGUCUGCUUAGAAAAAAAAUUUACUGGCGGGGAAAUGCACUUUUGUGGUAGACGUUGUGCGAAUCAUAUGAAUUCUGAAACACAUGCAGAGGAAAGAGUUGAAUAUUCUCAUGUACGUGGGCAAGCCUUGUUGUUUCAUGGAAAUCACAUGCAUUAUGUCCAUCCUACAACGACCGGUUUCAGGGCUAACAUGACCAUAUGGUGCAAAAGUUCGUUCUAUGAGGAGAUGAUGAAAUCCAGGAAGAACUUCCACUGGUGCAGAAAAUGCCUUAGCGAAGAUAACAUCUAGGGAAGCACAAUGAGUUGAUGACAUAU